AUGGUAAAGUAUUCCGUAUUGUUGCCAACUUAUAAUGAAAUAGACAAUUUGCCAAUUAUUGUCUAUCUUCUUGUAAGGGAGUUUAAAAAGAAUAGUCUCGACUAUGAAAUAAUCGUGAUUGAUGAUAACUCUCCUGAUGGUACAAUUGAAGUAGCCAAACAACUGCAAAACGUGUAUGGGGAAGACAAAAUAUUGCUGCGGCCACGUCCUGGCAAACUUGGUCUUGGCACCGCAUACAUUCAUGGAUUGAAAUCAGCAACUGGAGAUUUCGUCAUAAUCUUAGAUGCAGACAUGUCUCACCAUCCCAAGUUCAUAAAGCAGUUUAUUGAUCUUCAGGAGAAGACCGGCAGUGACAUUGUGACUGGUACUAGAUACAGAGAAGGAGGUGGAGUAUUUGGAUGGGACUUCACUCGUAAGCUUAUCAGUUGUACAGCAAACUUCCUGACUCAAAUAAUGCUGAUGCCAGGCUGUUCAGAUGUCACUGGAAGUUUCAGGUUGUACAAGAAAGAAGUUUUGGAGCAGCUUGUAUUAUCAUGUAUUUCUAAAGGAUAUGUUUUUCAGAUGGAAAUCAUAGUUAGAGCAAAGCAACAUGGUUUUUCAGUGGAAGAAGUUCCGAUCACAUUUGUGGAUCGAGUUUAUGGAGAGAGUAAGAUAACCAGUAAAGAAAUCAUUGGAUUUUGGAUGGGCCUGAUGAAAUUGUUUGCCACUACAUAAUACAAUUACUGUAAUUGUUGUUUUAUUCUAGCUUCUGAUUAAUGUAGCUGGGGUACUUAAUUUUCAUUUUUUGCUAAGCUUAACUUCUUGAUUAUCACAUUUUUAGAUUAAAGAGUCGCAAUAUUACUUGUUUUAAAGUUCUAACUUAUAAAUAUCAAAUAAAGUUGACAUUACCACAAUGAAUGUCGAUAAACAUAACAGAUAA